GCCUUUUCUGUCUUAGUAAGUACAUGGGAGGCCGUUGCUGAAGCUGUUGCGAGCAUCCCAUGCCUCACCAUAUAUUGAUGUUCCUGCAAUGCGGCUGCUUCGGAUUUUCGAAGCCGCGGAAGAGCUGGAAGGCUCAGGCCAGGACCAGGAGCAAAAACUUGACGGAGCAGAUGUUGGAGCAUGUCAUCGACGCCGCAGCGGGAGCCGUGCAAAGCUGGAACCCAGAUGAGUGGAAGAUGGUGCGUUCCCUGCAGGAGGCGAAUCAAUCACGGGCAUGUGUCGACUCGGUGCAGCACCUGGCAGACAGCCGGGCCAUGGCUGUGAAAAGGAUGCCGAACAGGUGGAUCAAAGAGCGACAGUCUGAGUUCGAGGAGAGUCAUCCUCAAUCAUCGGAGAAGCCCUGGGUUGAAAUCGGGCUUCUACGUUACCUCAAUGCAGCUGGGUUUCCAUAUGUCUGCGACUUGUUUGGCAUCUUCCGUGACGACGAGUUCACCUAUGUGGCGACGUCGCUGGCCACCGACGGGGACCUUUUCAGUUUCGUGGAGCGGUUGCAGAUGGAACCUGGUCCAGAACGAGAGGGUAUUAUCCGGCCAAUGAUGGAUCAGGUGUUUUCCGCCGUGUAUAAACUGCAUGAGCUCGGGAUUGCACACCGCGAUAUUUCACUAGAGAACAUCUUGCUGACCAAAAAUCCAGAAGGGGGCCUCCAACUGCAGUUGAUUGAUUUUGGCAUGGCCACCUUGUCAAGAAAGUGCUCAGAGAUUCGAGGGAAGAAGGCCUAUCAGGCCCCAGAGAUGCAUACAGACAUCAGCUACGAUAGCUACCUUUCAGAUGACUUUGCCCUGGGAGUCGUUCUAUAUGCAAUGGCAUUAAGCGACUACCCAUGGAUCUCCACGCGGCUGGGAACCUGCAAGUUGUUUGAGUUCAUUCAUAUGUGGGGCUUCAGGGAGUUCAUCAAGAAGCGGACCUGCAAGAAGGGUGUGAGCCCUCGCAUUGUCGAGGUGUUAUCCCCCGAGCUGGCAGAGCUCCUUGAGGGACUGCUCGAGCUGCAUCCGGAGGAGAGGUUGUGCCUUGGGGAGUCAUGCUACGACGACGGGGUGCAAUGGUCAGCUUGGAAUAUGGCAUGGCUCAGUGGCUCUCCCACAGAGCGGCGCUGUAUGAUCAGCUGAGCCGGUUGACUGACAGAACAUGUGGGCCACUGAAGAAGUGCCAGCACCUUUUGAAGGGGGAGGGCGAGUCAUGCUAUGAGUGGCUCAAUGACUCCAGAAGCACACCGAAACAAUCCGAAACUUCUUCAGCCGGCCCAUUGGGGCGUGUUUUCUUUUGACAGCACCCGGCCGCUGAGUGAUUUCUGAAGAUUGUUUGUUUGAACCGAGUGUUGCUUCAGGUUCUAAGAAACAAUCUGAAUGGAUGGUGGUCCAUGGAUGCGGUUGUGAAUGUGCCAAGUCCAGACCCUUUGCUGCUCCGAAGGGAGCGAUCUCCAACACUUUGCCAACCUUUCCCAGUGCGCAGGGGGAUGAGUUCACCCUCCUCGCCAUUUUUGAGGAUGAAAUCUAGCAUCCUCCCGAAAAAAGCCUGAAUUGCCGGCUCCUUACCCCUUGAGUUGUGACAUUUCGGACGUGCCUUUCCGUUCACAGCUUCAAAACAGGCCACCAGUCCGGGCUUGGGCCCAUGGGAAGGCAGGCCACCAGUCUGACUUAAGGGCGGUCGGCGAAAGAUAUUCUUCGACCUCCAGCUUGGGCUGGUUUGCAUCAAUUCGUAGUAGAUCUGAAGAGAAACUGACAUGCUGGGCCGCUGUGCACCAGUCCUCAAGAUUCCCAUUUGGUGAAUGUGGACACGUGGUGCACAGCUUUUGUUUGAUUCUGGUUGCUCUGGCUGACAAUGCUGAGCCACAGAACAGGCCCUCGGGAAUUAGUGCAGUUUCACCAGCCAGGAUUUGCCCUCCGAUCUGUCCUUGCCAGAGUUCGAUGCAUCGGCAGGAUCUUGGCUGUGAACCAACUCUGAACUGUAAGCCAAGACGCACCUGACUGCACCUGCAAGGUGUAGCAGGAAGGAUCGAUUUUAAAUUUCAGCCAGGAAGUUUGAAUCGGCCAGCGACAUGCGGUUCUCGGUGAUAUUUGUCAAAACAUGGCCGUGGGGCUUCUUUUCCAAGUCCGUGGACAGAGCAG